AUUUACAGUACGUAGUUAUUUACGUCAUAGAAAAAAAGGGUUUCGUAAUUCAGAAACUGAACAAUUCUACAUGAGAGUGUUUCGACUUUCUGGAGUAUUUUUAUAAACUAGAGUUACCAAGACGUAAGUGGUUUGUCAUUUAUAUACUAGAUUAUUUUGCCAUGCUUUAAAAUUAAGUUUAAACGUUUUCGAUCAGGCAAGUAAGUAGUAAUUGAAAUAACUACCGAUACUCCCAAGUCAAUUAAAUAGCCAGUUUAGUAUAAAAAGUAUUUGUAUGAAUCAUGAAUGAGAAUGAGUAUGAAUAUUAAUAUUAUUAUUAUGAAUGAAUCAAUGAGAUGAGAAUGUGAUGAAAUAUUUAAUUAAAGUGUGUUUAAAGAUUCAUGAGCCGUAAAAAUCAUUUAUUUGGUUAUAACUUAAGUCUGUAGCUAUAAUUUCAUUACUAACAGUGUGAAAUAAAUAUAAUUUUUUUAAUAAAAACACACAUUUUUAUGCAUUUAUGGCCAUUUAUUUAAAUUAAUAUUUAAAGGCAAGUGAGGAUAGGUUAGGUCCAUCCUCAUUAUCAUUAUGAUUAUCAUUUAUGAUCAUUAUUACAUCAUCCUCUAAUUAUAUAACUUAUAAGUUCGAAGUGUCUGCAUGUCUGGCAACCUGACGAAAAAGUUUUCGAGAUAUUCAUCCGGCGACCAAGCCCAAGCAAAACAUGGUUGUGUAAAAAAAAAAAGGGCUGCUUAAAAAAUGAAUAAAUGUUGCCAAUAUCAAUAGCAAAAGGACUUAUUUUUUAAUGAGUGACAAACUGAUCAUUUCUCCUUUAUUUCUUUAGAAAAUUGUGUGGCCUGUGUAAUAUUAUUAUUAUUAGGGUUGAAGUUAAAAUAACUAUCCUACUAUUAUUGUUAAUAACUCCAAUUUAUUUUCAUGUUUUCACAUAUAUUAUAUAAUACAUUAUGAUGAAGAAAUGGUUAAAAAGUGACUGUUAAAUAAAGCAUGACAUGCCUGCCUGAUGAAUAUUUUCUGCACUAUUUGAAUUGUCCGAUCGCCGGACAUGUAGACAAUGCCAAUAGUAAAUAGAAUAGUAAUCCAAAUAACUAAGACCAAGUCCAAGACGUAGUUAGUAACUUAAACAUUGCUGUAACUCUUAGACUAUAAAUGAGUUUUAAACCAAUUUUGCGAGGUGAAAUGAAAAGACCUAAGCCUAAUAACUUAAAAUGUUUAAAAUAUAUCCUUACUAGGCAUAUGAUAUGGGCCAUGUAUUGUGUUUGAAGAGCCCUACUUCAUCAUCAUUUCAUUUCCCUUAUUAGUGCACCAUGGGAACAAAGUUGUCAUGUCAUUGUUAAAAGUAGUUCAUUUAGUACUCACCAUUUUGGUUUAUCAAAGUUCAGGUGAGAGAGUCCGAGACUAUUUGUCCGAAGUUAAAAUACAACUGAAAGUAGAACAUUUUUUCCACAUUGGUUUUCUGAUAAAAGCAAGCAUAUGCUGGGGGGGGGGGGGCACAGAUUUGCCAGGAAUUUUUUUCCCUUGAUAAAAUUUUUUAAAUUAUAGAAGUUAGUUUUGUCGAGAGUUUUUUCUAAUUUUUAAGCUUAAGAACUAAUUUGGUUUUCUGAUAAAAGCAAGCAUAUGCUGGGGGGGGGGGGGCACAGAUUUGCCAGGAAUUUUUUUCCCUUGAUAAAAUUUUUUAAAUUAUAGAAGUUGGUUUUGUCGAGGGUUUUUUCUAAUUUUUAAGCUUAAGAACUAAUUAAUUUUCUUUUAAAUAGGUUUCAAGAUGGCUCUCAGCAGAUUGUCGUGCUGCAAAACUCCUCUGAUGUCUGGUUUAUCCAGCUCAAUUCGACUUACAGUUUUUCAGCGUCCUUCUAACCCUUCCACAGUUUAUUCAAAAUUGCAAAUGUAUGCCACAGAAAGUAGGAUUGGCUUAGGAAGAUUUGCAAAAAGAAAGACUUUGAAGGAAUCUUUAAUGUCACCUUCAACAGACACUCGUAAGCUGUUAUUUAUUUAGAUAUGAGUUUAUUUCAGAUUAAAGACCAAGUCACCUAGAACGAGUAUCUUCCAGAAACAGGGCGUAAUUCCCUUUUAAAAAAAAUACUCAAAAGUAAAAAAUUUACAAGAAAUACAAAGAAAACUAUUUAUAAAUCUAUGAUCAGACCAGUUGUAACAAGUGAAACAUAGACCCUAAUAAAAACAGCAGAAAACUUAUUAAACACAUGGGAGAGAAAAGUUCCCCAGAAAAUAUAUGUACCAACAAAGGAUGAAAAUGGAUGGAGAAUAUGAACCAACCAGCAAUUGUAUAGUCUAUAUCAGGAUCCCACCCCAGUGGCAGAAAUAAAAAAGGGCAGGCUAUGCUGGGCAUGACAUUUAGAAAAAUUGCCAAAUGACAGAGGAGGGAAGAAGGUGCACGAACAAAACCCCAGAGGGAAAACAGCUGAAAGGCAGACCUAGGCUUAGAUGGAGGAUGUGGAAAAGGAUCUACAGCAGUUGGGAAUUCUAGCAUGGAAUAGAGAGCAUUUGUUAGGUCUGAGUGGAAGGAAGUGGUGAGGCAGGCCAAAGCCCUACAGAGGCUGUAGUGACACAGGGAUGGAUGGAUUAAACUUUUAAGAAGUCAUAUUUCUGUUACCAUGGCUGGUGUGGGUGGGGGGGGGGGUCCCUUUAAGGUCAACCAAAAUUGAAUAAUGCAUAUCACAAGUCAUUCCCUUUCAAUGCACAGAAAUUUAUACAUUUAAUUACUUAUCCAGGGACUUUGGAGCAGGUAUUGUUUUUAAUGCUCUGUUACAGUUAAUUAAUUUUGGAGGCAAACUAUGAUAAUCAUCAUCCUGAUCUAGUAGCCAUUUUGGUCCAUGACCUUGGCCUGAAAAGUGUUAUAAUCAUCAUAACAUAAAAGAAUUGAUCAAUCAAAGUAUUCCAGCUUUAGCCCAAGUACUUCAUAGAGGGUUUAGAAAAUAACUAAUUGCAUUGAGAUUUUUUUUGUAAACCAACAAUAAAUAUAUAUUUAAAAUAAAAGCCUUUCAGAAAUUGGAUGGUUCAGAAAAAAUUGCAUCUGCCAAGAGUUAGUCACUCUGGUGAAUAUGUACAAUUUUACAUAACAAAAAAUAUUCAAUAAAACUGUUAAUACGUUUUUCUUUCAUAUCCUAUUUAUAAUAAAGCAUUCAACAUUGGAAAGGGAUUUGUAGCUGGAGGUGCAGCAAUCGGAAUAGGAGCUCUUUGUUUUUAUGGUCUUGGACUGUCCAGCUCACCUGGAGCUCUUGAACAUGCUGUGUGAGUAUUCUGUGUUAUCUAAGCAUCUACUGUUACUUUAUAACUUUUUUUUUUUUUUUGCAUUCCAAAUAUUUAUUCCUGCAUUUUUUACCUUAAGUGAAUGGACUACUGUAACAGUUUCUUUUAUCCCAUACCAAGAUGAUUUUUUUAAUCAGGGUUUUGUAAAAAAUUGAGCCCAUAUCUUCUUGCUCAAGUUGAUUGGCACCAAGAGACCAAUGUAAUAGCUGCUUUAUGUUAAAUUAGCUAUUACUUCCAUCUAUUUUUUAAAAUAUUUACUUGCAUUUGUUUCUUGUUCCCAAAUUUGAUAAUAAAUUCUGUUCUUUUUAGGAUUUGGCCAAAGUCAGUUCGACAUCGUAUCAGAGACACGUACAUGUAUUUUGCUGGCAGCAUUGCCUUCACAGCGAUUACUGCAGUGGCUGCAAGUCGUAGUCCAGCUUUCAUGAAUUUUAUGAUGAGCAACUCUCUUUUGGUGAGUUUCAUUUUUAUGCGUUUGGAAAUGUAGCUGAUUAGUAAAGAAAAUGCUUUAUAGUUUAAAGUAUUUUACUACCAAUAAAAUCAGAAACUUAAAUGUCUUAAACUAAAUUCCUGCAUGAAAGGAUCUAUCUUGACCAAACUUGGUACACAUAUACUUAAUUAUCCAGAUUCAUACACAGAUGGGUUCUGAACUCAUAUUAUCCACUCCUCUGGGGCUUAAGGCCUUAUUAUAAUUUUUCCUCAUAUAAGCUAAAUUGAUAGCAGUAGGAUUAGACAACAAAAUAGGGCUCUACAUGAAUCAUCAAACCGCUUGGUUGCCAUACCUUCAUAAUCCAAUUGAAAUAUAAGUGUAUUUAAAAGUCAUACUAAACACUCUAUUCAAGGCUGGUCUAGAAUUUUCCAAAAUGUUUGAUAAUUUAAAAGGCUAGCCGCCAUUGUUUCUCAACUGAUUUUAAUGGGAUAAUUUUUACAUUUUAACCAUUAUUUAUCUGAAGGAUCCUUAUAGGGCCCACUAUCUUAGGCAUAACUAAAACUGCAUCUAAUGGAAUGGGGGAAUGGGCCCCCACCAAGGCACCUCUGUUAACUUUAAUGAAAACUGGUUAACUUAUAGCUAAAAACGGGUUAACUUAUCGCUAUGGUCUUUUGCUGUAAAUUUUUCUUAUUCCAAAAUGAUUGUGUAAUUAAAUGAAACAUAGAAUGUUUCAGAAAGUUGUCUAUUGUUCCACAGGGAGAUAUAUUGGGAUAGAAAAGCUUAUGGAAAUGUUAGUUUAAUUCUAUAGAUUUCUAUACUUUCCUUGGGAUUUUUUCAGUAUCUGUAAAUUGUCUUUUUUUUAAAAAGUUUCUAUCAUUAAUCCAGAAGGCUAUUAUUUUUUCUAUAACUUUAUUAGCAUUAUAUAAAUGUCCAUGUUAUGUUUCUAUAGCUUUAAAUGAGUUUCCUCAAAUGUUACGAAAACAGAUUCUAAAUAAUUUUGAAAGUUUCUGGAAGACAGUUCCAAAUAAAUUUUGUCUUAUUAUGGCCUACACUACAUAUGUAAAUGAAGUUGAAGGCUUGGAUUGCAGUAGAUGCUUCCAUGUGUAUGAAUGGAUCUCAGCCAAAGUUGACCCCUAUCUAAGGGAUAGCUUUAAGUGUAAUUCAUGGAAUGGUAUCCCUUUGCGAACAAGGUCCAAACAGGGAAGGGGAUCCAAUACUGUGAAGGAUCCCAAUGGGCAACGGGAUAAUGACUAUAGCUUUGACAAUUGUUAAAUUAUUUUAAAUGAGGCAACUUUUAAAAAGUUAUAUUAGCCUUUGAAUCCUCAUUUUGUCUUACAAACCAAACAAUAAUAUUUUAAAUAGUUUUUUAAUCCCAACCUCUCACUUCUGGUACCCGGGUACGAAUAGCCACUUCCUUGUUUUUAUCUAUCAAUAUAUAUGUUUUUAUCUAUCAAUAUAUAUUUCAGUCCAUUGGUGCCACAUUUGCUGCCAUGAUUGGUACAGGUAUAUUGUGCAGAUCAAUUCCAUAUGAGCGUGGAUUGGGUGCAAAACAGCUGACAUGGCUGCUACAUGUCGGUGUGAUGGGAGCUGUUGUGGCCCCAUUGACUUUCCUUGGUGGACCUUUGUUAAUGAGGGCUGCCUGGUAUACAGCUGGUGUUGUGGGAGGUAAAAAUCUUAGACUUAUUUAUGUAGUUUAAUUACAGUUUAAGUGAGAUUUGAGUUUUUGUUGAUCUACAAUUAUCAUAAUAAGAUUCCAUGUUUAACAUUUAUUGUCUAUAUAAUUAUAAAUGACUAAAAUCAUCCGUAGGCUUGUCAGCAGUCGCAAUGUGUGCUCCCAGUGACAAGUUUCUGAACAUGGGUGGUUUGCUUGGUGCUGGCCUGGGCGUAGUUUUUGUGGCAUCUUUAGGUAAGAGAGUUGUUUUGAAGCAAUCAGUCAGUCAGAUUUGCUUGUGUUCACUGCUGGCUUAAUAAUUGUACUUAUGAUUAAAUUAUACAGAUUAUCUGUUGUAAUUAUCCAUGUCAUUUACAUAGUGAAAAAAUAAUAUCCAGUAAAAAAAAUGACCACUCGUAAUGUUAAACAAAGGAAGACAAAUGAUAUUAAAAAUACAGCAUUUAGACUAAGAGUCUAGUGAAAAAGAAAGGAUGCUCCACUCCCCAUGCAAAUAUAAACAUAGUACCCCAAUCCUUCAAAAAUCCAACAGCAAAUAUUACCAAAGUUACCCCAAAAAAAGUGUACAGAUUGCUAGCUUUAAUUCACAAUGAAAAAUGUCACAUAAUUUAUUGGCAAUGUACACAAAUGUGUUAACAAAAUUUUUGUUUAAAUUGUUUAAAUUAUGAUGUACUCCAAUGACAGAGCAUCUUUGAAUAGAAGUUAAUAUGCCCCCCACCCCCAAAAAACAACAACUGACUUCUAUCUAUCCCAUAUAUUAUUCAAUUCUUAUCUCACUAAUGUCUGUUGUCACCUUUGGAAUUAGUAACACAUUUUUGUGUGAUGCAUCAGAAAGAAUAUUUUUCUUUGGAAGGAAGUGUUGAAUUUUGGUCCUGGGAAUAUUUCAUUUUCUAUUCCUCUUUGUUUAGGAUCUGCAUUUUUCCCACCAACCACUGCACUUGGUGCUAGCUUGUAUUCAGUUAGUAUUUAUGGAGGCCUGGUGCUGUUCAGCUUGUUUUUACUUUAUGACACACAGCGGGUUGUAAGGGCGGCUGAGGCAAACAGAGAUUCUUCCAAUUAUGGACGGCCAUUUGAUCCAGUUAAUGCGUAUGUUUUUUGGGAUAAUUUAUUUUAUAUAUGACCUAAUUAUUACGGAAACAUAUCUAUUAAAAAAAGUUGGUAGUAAUGAAAGACUUAAUUCAUUGCAUAUGUCAAAAUUUCUUAAAAAGUAAUAAAUGCUGAGUUACACCAACUAAUGCUUAUGCUUAACUAUUUUCUGUUAAUAAACAGAAAUUAAUGUUUCAACUGAUUUCACUUGCAGGAGUAUCAGCAUCUACAUAGAUGCACUGAAUAUCUUCAUCAGGAUUGCAAUGAUGUUGGCUGGUGGAGGAAACAAGAGGAAAUAAAGAGACACAACACUUCAUCAAGUUAUAUAGUAAUAAGACAACUCAUCUGUCUUUAAUAAUGGAACUCUUUAAAACUUGGGAAUAAUUAAUAGAAUGUAGGAGAAACUUAUUAAAUCUUAUUAAACAUCAAAGCGUACAGGACAAUAAAUAAUUUUUUUAAAGAAAUGACAUUUUAAAGUCAUCUUGUAUGUAAAUAUUUCCCCCCAAAAUUAUGUAUUUCAUUUAAGUAAUCAAGAACUAGAUAAUUGGGUGUUUUAAAAUUCACAUUUGUAUUAAUUUAAGCAUGUUUUAGGAGUGAUCUAAUAAAGUUCUUUUGGUUUUGUAGGGUGGGUGGAAGUUGUUAAAAUCAUCAUGAUUACAAUUGAAAUAUUUGACAGUGCAGUGAAAGGAAGUUUUCUCACAAAUACUAACUAGCUGUGCCAAAGUGCAGCCAAUGCCUUUGUACAAAAUAAACAUUGCUGAAUCUGGUGAUCACAGCAUGUAGUGCACUGCAUAGACUUACAGACUGUACCACACUACAUGCAUUUACAGACUGUACCAGACUUCUGAGUGUCUGAUAUGUCUCACUGCAUUCGUCAUGUAUUAUACACGGUCCUGUAUUAAUGUCUGCUUGUGUUGGUUUUGUAUGGGACUUGAUAGAUAAAAUUGUAUAUAAAUUGAAUAUUUUUUCAAAAAUUUGAUUCUUUAUGAUGAAUGAAAGAAACAUAUUGCCAUUAAAUAUUUAUAUACCAGUGUCUGAAAUAAAUGUUCUUGAAUGUGUACAAACUUUUGAAACCAAAUCUAUAUACUAAAUGAAUUAAAGCUUGUUGGAUAGUGAUAA